CGCGCCCGGCUCCUCUCGGCGGUGGCGGCCCUGGAGGAGGAGUCCGCGGUGGCGGCGGCGGCGGCGCUGUUCCCCGCGCGGUCCGCGCAGCGGGCUCCGGGCUGCGCGUCUCGGGCGGCGGCACUGAGGCCCCGGCCCGAGCCCGACCCCGGGUCCCCUCCCCGGCCGCCCCCCGCCCACGGGCCGUCCCCCCGGGCCCCGCGUCCCCUCCCCCGCUGGCGGGGCCCGGACAGAAGAUGGUGCAGAAGAAAACAGCCGAACUUCAGGGCUUCCACCGUUCCUUCAAGGGGCAGAACCCUUUUGAACUGGCCUUCUCCCUAGACCAGGCUCACCACGGGGAGCCCGACUUCAGCCUGGAGUGCCCAGCCCGCCCUGAUAUGCCCACGAGCCAGCCCAUCGACAUCCCUGAUGCCAAGAAGAGGGGCAAGAAGAAGAAGAGGUGCCGGGCCACCGACAGCUUCUCGGGCAGGUUUGAAGACGUGUAUCAGCUGCAGGAGGACGUGCUCGGGGAGGGUGCCCACGCCCGCGUGCAAACCUGCGUCAACCUCAUCACCAACCAGGAGUAUGCCGUCAAGAUCAUUGAGAAGCAGCCGGGCCACAUUCGGAGUAGGGUUUUCCGGGAGGUGGAGAUGUUGUAUCAGUGCCAGGGACACAGGAACGUUCUAGAGCUGAUUGAGUUCUUUGAGGAGGAGGACCGCUUCUACCUGGUGUUUGAGAAGAUGCGGGGUGGCUCCAUCCUGAGCCACAUACACCAGCGGCGGCACUUCAACGAGCUAGAGGCCAGCAUGGUGGUGCAGGACGUGGCCAGCGCCCUGGACUUUCUGCACAACAAAGGCAUCGCCCACAGGGACCUAAAGCCGGAAAACAUCCUUUGUGAGCACCCCAACCAGGUCUCCCCCGUGAAGAUCUGCGACUUUGACCUGGGCAGUGGCAUCAAACUCAACGGGGACUGCUCCCCCAUCUCCACCCCCGAGCUGCUCACCCCGUGCGGCUCCGCGGAGUACAUGGCCCCCGAGGUUGUGGAGGCCUUCAGCGAGGAGGCCAGCAUCUACGACAAGCGCUGCGACCUCUGGAGCCUGGGCGUCAUCCUCUACAUCCUGCUCAGCGGCUACCCGCCCUUCGUGGGCCACUGCGGCAGCGACUGCGGUUGGGACCGCGGCGAGGCCUGCCCGGCCUGCCAGAACAUGCUGUUUGAGAGCAUUCAGGAGGGCAAGUACGAGUUUCCGGAGAAGGACUGGGCCCACAUCUCCUUUGCUGCCAAAGACCUCAUCUCCAAGCUCCUCGUGCGCGACGCCAAGCAGAGGCUGAGCGCCGCCCAAGUCCUGCAGCACCCCUGGGUGCAGGGGCCUGACUGGGCUCCCGCGCAGGUGCGCCGCCUUCACGCGCAGUGGCGCGCGCCCCGAGGGCGGGCGGGCUCUGUUCUGCAGCCCCGCCUGUCCUGUCUCCUUGCAGUGCGCCCCGGAGAACACGCUGCCCACGCCCAGGGUCCUGCAGAGGAACAGCUGUGCCAAAGACCUCACUUCGUUCGCGGCCGAGGCCAUUGCCAUGAACCGGCAGCUGGCCCAGCGCGAGGAGGACGCGGCGGAGGAGGGGGGGCAGGACCAGCCCGUGGUCAUCCGAGCUACCUCACGCUGCCUGCAGCUGUCCCCGCCCUCGCAGUCCAAGCUGGCCCAGCGGCGGCAGCGAGCCAGCCUGUCCGCGGCCCCCGUGGUCCUGGUGGGAGACCACGCGUGACCCCCUCCUUCCCUCUGUACAUAGGCCCCCCCCUUCCCCGCGUCAAGUCGGAAGAUUUUUUUAAGCUAUUGCCCGCGGGCGACCGGCGGGCUGCCUCCCCCGGCUGGAUUCCGAGGCGCUAAGCUCAGCUCGGGGGAUCUUUUUAUAUAAGGUUUUUGCUGUUGGGGUUUUUUUUUUCCCUUUUUUCUGUUCCCUUUUUUUUUCCCCCUUCCCUUUCAAUGGUGUUAAAAUGCAAAGCGGGCGCCCGGGGGGGUGGAGAGCGGAGGGCGCGCGGCCGGGUGGGCAGCCCGGGGAUGCGCCGGCCACUGUGAAGGCCCCUCCCCGCCGCCCGCGUGACUCAGGAGAGGAGGGCGUGGCGUCCCCCCCAGCCCCCCUCCCGGCCCUCCGUGUUUUCAGGGACGGGGCGGCCCCCACCUCCCCUCCACGAGACGGUAGCUCCUUGCCUCCCCACAGACACCUUGGGGGCCGGGCGGGGCCGGGGGCGUCUCAGGUCUCCCCCGUCGCCUGGCGGGGCCUGGGGGCGGGCGGCCGGGCGGGGGACCUGGCCCCUGCGCCCCCCUGAGCACCCGACCGACAGUCGGGGCUCCCUCGGACCUUGACCUUAAGCUGCAGCUGAG